AGCGCAGCCGCUUUUGAUCAGAGAAAAGAGGGCAGCCAUGGCUCGCAGAUCCAUCCUCGGUUGUAUCUUGGCCCUCGCGGCCGUGGCUUUGUGCCCAGCCUUCCUGGGCCCAGCGGCUACCCCUCGAUCUGUGCCGCUGGCGGCUUCCAGCCAGGAGCUCCGCCCACUGGAUGUGGAGCCACUGAGGCUGGAAAACCUGAAGCCGGCCGUGCAAUCUGCCGCGCUGUCUGCCGCGUUCGCCCUUGCAGCUGAGCCGGCCCUGGCGGCAGAACCUGGCAGCUACGACGUCAGGGAAGAGCAGGCGAAGACCUUCAUGGUUGUUUUCUCUCUCGGCAGCGUUCUGGUUGCUGCCGGGAUCGUUUUCGUCAUCAGCAAGCUCUACGAGUGAAUGCCACUCCCUUUGCUUCACAUUUUCUCGGCAUGACCAGCCCCACCUGAUCCGCGAUCCGCACAUUUGGAGACGGAG